AAUCAAAAACAAAAACGUAAAAGAAGUACAUCACAUAGUCCCAGAGGAGAACAUAUAAUUUUUAUUUUAGAGCGAGAAAGCCAGGGAAUUGGUGGAGAGAGAAAGUGGAAGGAUUUUUAGGAGAGAGAGAGAGAGAAAGAAAUAGAACGAGAAUUUGGGGCUUUGAGAUUGUCUCCGUCCCCGUUUCUAUUCCUCGAUGCGCUGCUUUCUUCGUCUUCUUCUACGAGGUUUAUAGAGGCAGAGAGAGAUAUAAGGGAAGGGAAAAAAACCUAGAUAUUUUUCCUUUCUGUUUUCCUUUUUUUUUUUUUUUUUCUUAUUUUCUCCGGAAAAAAAAGUUUGUAUAAUAUUAACGUCAUAGGAUCCGAGCUAGGGUUUCGAUUGUGGAUAUUUGGUACUCGUGGAAGUUGGGGGAUAGGAUUCCUUUCGGGAAUAAUGGAAAUGGUGAUUAGGAAUGCUAAUUGGUCGGAAUUCUAGCUCCGAUCUUGAAAGUAGGGUUCGUAUCGAAGGGUUGAAACAAUGGAUGUGGAUUCGUCGAUGGUGCCGGAAACCGAUCACGAUCCGGCGGUGCAGAACCAUAAUACGCCGUCGUCUCCGGCUUCCAUGGACAGGGAGCAACUAGGUGAGCAGUCACAAGCGGGGAGUGGAUCUCCGCCGCAGUCGCCGGCGCAACAGCCACAGCAGCAGGCGUCACCGCAGGUGCCGCAGACUCCGGUGGUUGGGCCACGGCACGCCCCGACCUACUCGGUCGUGAAUGCAAUUUUAGAGAAGAAGGAAGAUGGGCCUGGGCCGAGGUGCGGCCACACGUUGACGGCCGUAGCCGCCGUUGGGGAGGAGGGUACGCCGGGGUACAUUGGUCCCAGGUUGAUUUUGUUUGGUGGUGCCACGGCGCUCGAGGGAAAUUCUGCGGCUUCAGGAACUCCUUCUUCAGCUGGAAGUGCCGGCAUCCGACUAGCGGGUGCCACAGCUGAUGUGCACUGCUAUGAUGUGUUAACAAAUAAAUGGUCUAGGAUCACUCCUUUUGGAGAGCCACCAACACCAAGGGCUGCACAUGUGGCAACUGCUGUUGGAACUAUGGUUGUUAUCCAGGGUGGUAUUGGUCCUGCUGGUUUGUCUGCUGAAGAUCUUCAUGUUCUUGACCUCACACAGCAGCGGCCGCGCUGGCAUAGGGUUGUUGUGCAAGGCCCUGGACCUGGGCCACGUUAUGGCCAUGUGAUGGCUUUGGUGGGGCAAAGAUAUCUCAUGGCAAUUGGUGGCAAUGAUGGAAAACGGCCUUUAGCUGAUGUUUGGGCGUUGGACACGGCUGCCAAGCCUUAUGAAUGGCGUAAGUUGGAACCAGAAGGGGAGGGUCCCCCUCCAUGCAUGUAUGCAACUGCAAGUGCACGUUCUGAUGGUCUUCUUCUCCUUUGUGGAGGAAGGGAUGCUAACAGUGUGCCAUUGGCAAGUGCGUAUGGACUUGCUAAGCAUAGGGAUGGCCGCUGGGAAUGGGCUAUUGCUCCUGGUGUCUCACCCUCUCCAAGAUAUCAACAUGCAGCAGUCUUUGUCAAUGCACGGUUACAUGUGUCUGGAGGGGCACUAGGGGGUGGGCGCAUGGUAGAAGACUCAUCAAGUGUUGCAGUAUUGGAUACUGCAGCAGGUGUUUGGUGUGAUACAAAAUCUGUUGUUACUAGUCCCAGGACAGGCAGAUACAGUGCUGAUGCUGCUGGUGGAGAUGCUGCCGUUGAGUUGACAAGGCGUUGCAGACAUGCAGCUGCGGCAGUUGGUGACUUAAUCUUUAUUUAUGGUGGUUUACGUGGAGGGGUUUUGCUUGAUGACCUACUUGUUGCUGAAGAUCUUGCUGCUGCUGAAACAACCAGUGCAGCUUCACAUGCUGCAGCAGCUGCUGCUGCAUCUAAUGUGCAAGCGCGUUUGCCUGGUAGGUAUGGAUUCAUUGAUGAAAGGUCAAGGCAGACAAUGGCUGAAGCAGCACCUGAUGGUGCAGUUGUGCUUGGAAAUCCUGUUGCGCCCCCUGUAAAUGGGGACAUGUAUACUGAUGUAAGCACUGAAAAUGCCAUGCUCCAGGGCACACGGAGACUGACCAAAGGUGUUGAGUACUUAGUUGAAGCAUCAAUAGCAGAAGCAGAGGCUAUCAGUGCCACAUUGGCUGCUGCUAAGGCACGACAAGUUAAUGGAGAAGUUGAACUGCCUGACAGAGAUCGUGGUUCAGAGGCUACCCCUAGUGGGAAGCAGAUAUCUACCUUGAUUAAACCUGAUUCUGCUGGGUCGAAUAAUAUUGCUCCUGCUGGAGUUCGGCUGCAUCACAGAGCUGUUGUUGUAGCUGCAGAAACUGGUGGAGCUUUGGGUGGAAUGGUUAGACAGCUUUCAAUUGAUCAAUUUGAAAAUGAAGGCAGGCGGGUCAGCUAUGGGACCCCAGAGAGUGCAACUGCAGCAAGAAAAUUGUUAGAUCGACAAAUGUCUAUCAAUAGUGUGCCCAAAAAGGUAAUAGCGCAUCUUUUAAAGCCUCGUGGCUGGAAACCCCCUGUGCGCCGGCAAUUUUUCUUAGACUGCAAUGAAAUAGCAGAUCUUUGUGACAGUGCUGAGCGGAUAUUCUCAAGUGAACCCAGUGUAUUACAGCUUCGGGCCCCUAUCAAGAUAUUUGGUGAUUUGCAUGGGCAAUUUGGGGACCUCAUGCGUCUUUUUGAUGAGUAUGGUGCACCUUCUACUGCUGGAGAUAUUGCAUAUAUCGAUUAUCUCUUCUUAGGAGAUUAUGUUGACCGAGGGCAGCACAGCUUGGAAACCAUUACUCUUCUACUUGCUUUGAAGGUUGAGUAUUCCAACAAUGUGCAUUUAAUACGUGGAAACCAUGAAGCUGCAGACAUUAAUGCCCUUUUUGGCUUCCGCAUUGAGUGCAUUGAGCGCAUGGGUGAAAGAGAUGGAAUUUGGGCAUGGCAUCGAAUAAACCGUUUGUUCAAUUGGCUUCCCCUGGCAGCUCUUAUUGAAAAGAAAAUCAUUUGUAUGCAUGGUGGCAUUGGUCGGUCCAUAAAUCAUGUAGAACAGAUUGAGAAUCUUCAGCGUCCCAUUACAAUGGAGGCAGGGUCUAUCGUGCUUAUGGAUUUAUUAUGGUCUGAUCCUACAGAAAAUGACAGUGUGGAAGGAUUGCGACCAAAUGCUAGAGGUCCUGGAUUGGUUACUUUUGGGCCUGACCGGGUCAUGGAAUUCUGCAAUAACAAUGACCUUCAAUUGAUUGUACGUGCACAUGAAUGUGUAAUGGACGGCUUUGAGCGUUUUGCCCAGGGACAUUUGAUUACACUUUUCUCUGCCACCAAUUACUGUGGUACGGCAAAUAAUGCAGGGGCAAUCUUGGUUUUGGGUAGAGAUCUUGUGGUGGUUCCGAAACUCAUUCAUCCACUGCCACCGGCAAUUUCAUCUCCGGAAGCAUCACCAGAACGCCAUAUUGAGGAUACAUGGAUGCAGGAGCUGAAUGCUAAUAGACCUCCAACACCAACAAGAGGCCGACCACAAGUAGCAAAUGAUCGGGGUUCCCUUGCAUGGAUAUAGUUGGCAGUUCCAAACUUGUUUCAAGAAGUUUAUUCUGAAAGAUAACACUUCCACCUGGGGUUUCCAGCGUUCUGUAUAUAGCAUUAAUGCCAUACACAAAAAUUUCUGAACUUGUGAUAUCUUCUCUAGGAAUCAGAUAAGAGGGGCUAUUUGAAUUUUUGGCUUUUGCCACUCGAUUUUUAGGCCAUGAGAUGAUGAAAAGGUGCAAGUUCCAGAACCAGGUUGCCAGCGGCGGUUAGGUUUUCUUUUUGUAUGACGUGCUAAGAAGUUGCAGUUGGAUCCACUCACUCUUUGUAAAUUGAGCCACAGGCAGGUAGAAAUCAGUCUUCAACGUUCUUCCUAUGGGUUGGUAGUGCUGAGUAUUUUUCUCAUUUAUUUAUAUAUUUUUUAUUCCUCGUUUUAGGCAUAUUAUUAAUUAUUAUUAUUAAUUUUUUUUUUCUUUUCUCUUUUGAGAGGACAUAUUUGUGGUGAGAUAUAUAAAUGUUAGAAUCUUUGUGAGCGUCCAUGUAUCAUAGAGGUAUUGCUUUGUGUAAUUUUCUUCUCUGCUUUGUACAAUGUAACAUUUUGUGUGAAGAAAAAUAACCUUUUUUGGCCCAACGUACAAAAUACGUGAAAGUUUUGGCUUUUA